AUGUCUCAGCCAGCGGACAAGAAGAAGAUGCGGCUCAUUGUGGCCAGCUGUAGCAGAUCAGGCACGCUAGGCCUUCAUGAAGCCUUGCAGAUGCUCGGUUAUACGCCAUACCACAUGAUUGACCUGAUGACCAAGGGUGGGCGGCCUCACAUCAAAGCCUUCACGGAAGGUAUCAUUGCGCAGAAUAAUCGAUUCGCAGCGAUCAAGAAAUAUGAGACGUCAGAUCUCGAUAAGUGGAUAGGAAGUUUUGACUGCUUGAUGGAGAUCCCAAGCUAUGUUGGACUUCGUUCCUUGGAAACGUAUAUGGAAGACCCUGAAGUCAAGUUCAUAUUGACCGAGCGAUCGCCUGACAAAUGGGUCAAGUCGUUCAAUAACACUAUUGGCGAGGCGAUCAAGGUGGCAGACAAGCUUCCAAUGGAUAUUCUGAAGCAUUGUGACGCGGAGCUGGGCGAGUUUUUCCACCUCGCCGAAAUGAUGUACUUGGCCUACUCGGAUGGCACAUACCCUGGACAUCCGGACAACGAGGCAGCUCUCCGCAAAAACUAUGUCGAAUACAUCCGAACUGCCAAGGAGACGCUACCAAAAGACAGGCUUCUCGUCGUCAGGCUUGAGGAUGGUCUGGGCUGGGAUCAGAUUUGCCCAUUCCUGGACGUAGAGAUCCCAGAGCAGAAAUAUCCUCGUGGCAAUGAGCCCGACACAUUCCACAAGAUUGUCGAGAAAUAUGUAGAGCCCCGAGUCAAAGCAGCCAUGGUAAAUCUGGGCACCACCGUUGCCGCGAUCGCUGGGAUAGGUGGAUAUUUGGCAUGGAAGUAUUACCGGGCGCACUAA